AUGGUUUCUCUGUGGCAGCUCUCGGUGCUUUUGUUCAUUUUCGUACUAGUAGUGCAAGCGGAAGAGCUCACCGCUUCAGAAUGGCUAAAACGCGCGAAUGCCGCACUGACGUCUUACGAUUAUGCGGGCGCGUUGGAAGCGUUUGACCAAGCCAUUGGGCUCGAUCCUAAUUCAUACCUCACCUAUUUUCGCAGGGCUACCGCGCAGCAAGCUUUGGGUCGCACUAGUGCUGCGAUCCAAGAUCUCAUGACAACAGUGGAGAGAAACCCUCACUUCGGCAAGGCCUACCUCCAGCAAGCACGGAUCGAGCUCAAGGAGGGUGAUUUUUCUCUCGCUCUCGAAACACUUAAUCGUAUGAGCUCGAAUGGAGCUAAGAGCUUGCAGAAGGAUGGGAAACAAGCAGAAGAGCUUCUGGAGGAAGUGAAGCGUGCACAGGCCUUCGAGAAGAAGCUUGGACAGAUAGGCUCCAAGCACGCCGAUGACUGCAUAACUUUGGCUGAUAAAUUGCUGCAACUGGCACCAAAUUCUGUUUUUGCACGGAAACAACAUGCUGAGUGUGCACUUGUCUUGGGUCAGUUGCAGUCAGCUGUGACCGACUGGACGCGUCUGUCAAAAAUGGCACCGUCUCCCGAUUUGCAAUUGCGCCUGUCCCUGCUGUCGUACUAUAUUUUGGGCACUCGCGGAUCUCAAGUGCAGGAUGCAGGUCUAGCGCAUCUCAAGGCGUGCCUGCAUGAAGAUCCUGAAAACAAGUUGUGUAUUCGUGCUCACAAGCAGCUCCGGAAAAUUGAUAAGGCCCUGCAAAAAGCGCGGGGCUUUUCUGACAACAGCAAGUGGACAGCUGUUGUUAGUGCUUUGAAGGGAGCAAAGGUUGGUGGACCAACUAUAUAUGAUGAGAUCCAGCAAGUCAUCCUGGAUGCGGUGUCAUCAGGAAUUCUACCAAAGACAAUAAAAAACCCUGCUGAUCAGAGCGAGCUUUUGCAUGAGAUUGAGACACUCUAUUGUCGGGCUUAUGUCGAACAGGAAAUGAUAAAUAAAGCUAUGCCUUGGUGUGAUAAGUUGGGAGCUGUCGAUCCCCGAAACGAGCACGUACUCGUUGCCAAAGGCGAGGAACAGAUGAACCAAGGAAACUAUGAAGAAGCUGUUCGUCUCUUCUCCCAGGCCUCAGAGGUGUCGCAGAGCUCUGGCCAAAAGAUUCGUUCGCGACUCGCAAAAGCGCAGAAACUGCUUAAGCAGUCAAAGUCCAAGGACUACUACAAAGUCCUAGGUGUGUCACGAGAUGCUGACCAGCGCACAAUCAAGAAAGCAUACCGCCAGUUAGCUCGUGAGCAUCACCCUGACAAGGGUGGUGAUCAGGAGAAGAUGGCUCAAAUUAAUGAGGCGUUCGGUGUUCUGGGCAACACUGAGUUGCGUGAACGUUAUGACCAAGGCGAUGACCCCAAUGACCCCUCGGGCGGCCAAGAAGCCAGCUACGACGACUUUUUCGCUCAUGCAGGACAUCCAUUUGCACAGUUCUUCCAGCAAGCGCAUUUCCAACAAGGCGGAGGAGCUCAUGAGUUUCACUUUUCAUUCUAG